AAGGUGACGAGAAGGGCUGGAGCAUGCUCCUUGCACAAGGCCAUGCGCUUGAAUUGAAUCAUUGUAGCCUAAUCAAUGCUCUUAUUGGAUUACUGGCUGUUGCUUUUCUCAAAGAUAUUGUAGCAGAGACAAUGAAAUAGCUAGGGGAAAACUUUUUUUUAAAAGUAGAUCUCACAGUUGAGAUUCUCUCUCUCUCUCUCUCUCUCUCUCUCUCUCUCUCUCUCUCUCUCUCUCCCUCCCUCUCUCUCUCUGUCUCCUUCUCUCUCCCUCUCUCCCUCUCUCUCCGCUGGACUCUCCGAGCACAAAGCUGCCCUUUGAAUGGGCUGCCUCAGGGCUGCUGGAGGUGCAGGAAUGAAAAAAAUCCAACUGGAACUAAAUGAAGAGAGCAGUUUAAGAUGGCUGUCAGCGUGGAGGUGUGUUAAGGAGUUGCUUGGGGAGAAAGCUUGACUUUUUUUUUUUUUUUUUUUGAAUGUGGGGGAGAUACUUUUUUGGGGAACUUUAUCUCUUCCCCACGCAGAGGCAACUGCUUUCUUCUGCUGCAGUGUGAGGGAAACCCCCCACAGCCCUUCAGCUCUAUCUGGCCAGUUGGAGAAACCCCUCUAGCCAGUAUGUGAACAGGAGGGUCAAAGGCAAAGGGAAAGUUAAUAAUGCCUGCUAAUGGCACUAACAAUUCAGGAUGAAUCUUGUCAAAAGUUUUUCUGGAAGUGUAGGUCUUUGAUUGUGCGUUUCCUGAAAGCAAGACCAAUCAUUUCCGUUUAUUCACUGGCUAAACCCCUACUUGAUUGGGGACAAGGAGAGAAACCAUCCAUUACGAUCUGAUAUAUUAUCCAAACAAUUUAGUGUAUUCAUGAGGUAACCGAAACGUGGGGGCUGCGAAAUUACCCGUAAUCAAUUGCAACAGCGAGUGUGCGUCCCCCCCGGGUGUCCGACAACUACAACUCGCCGCCUCAGUAACAGGCGGGAGCCGAAGCAUUUCGGAGUUGCGCUGUUCGCUACCUGAUCGCAGGGCUGGGGACAUUGGACGUGCUCAGAGGACGCGGGCGCUGACGAGGCGGCCUCGCCGCUGCUCCACCGGGAUCCUGGACUAGACCGCCCGUCUCCCUGCGAGCGCGCCACGCUCCGGUCGCCGCCGAAGCCGCCCCGCGGGGACAUUCAUGCUCAGCGCCCGCCUCUCGCCCGACCGAGCUUAGGGGCUGCGUUGUAGGGGUUUUGUCUCCCUUUGCCUUUUUAUUUUGCUUUCCUCCUUUCUUCUUCUUUUCUUGUGUUGUUUUGCCUAUGUUCGGGAAACAAGACAAAAUGGACGUCCGGUGCCACUCGGACACCGAGGCCGCCCGGGUCUCCAAGAACGCGCACAAGGAGAGCCGAGAGAUCAAGGGCGCCGAGGGGAGCCUCCCGGCCGCCUUCCUCAAGGAGCCGCAGGGCGCCUUUUCGGCGUCAGGAGCUGCGGAAGAUUGUAACAAAAGUAAACCCAGUACUCCAGCCGACCCGGAUUACUGCCGCCGGAUCCUAGUCCGAGAUGCCAAGGGUUCCAUCCGCGAGAUCAUCCUGCCCAAGGGCUUGGAUCUGGACCGGCCCAAGAGGACACGCACGUCCUUCACUGCGGAGCAGCUCUACCGGCUGGAGAUGGAGUUCCAGCGUUGCCAGUACGUGGUGGGCCGCGAGAGAACCGAGCUCGCCCGGCAGCUCAACCUCUCUGAGACCCAGGUGAAGGUCUGGUUCCAGAACCGGCGCACCAAGCAGAAGAAGGAUCAGGGCAAGGACUCGGAGCUGCGCUCGGUGGUGUCGGAGACCGCGGCCACGUGCAGCGUGCUGCGGCUGCUGGAGCAAGGCCGCCUGCUGUCACCGCCUGGCCUGCCUACGCUGCUGCCGCCUUGCGCCACGGGCGCGCUUGGCUCGGCGCUGCGCGGACCCAGCCUGCCGGCCUUGGGCACCGGUGCCGCUGCAGGCUCGGCCGCCGCCGCCGCCGCUGCAGCCCCGGGCCCCGCGGGCGCCGCGUCUCAGCACCCACAGGCCGUGGGUGGCGCUCCCGGCCCGGGACCCGCAGGGCCGGGGGGACUGCACGCGGGAGCGCCAGCCGCGGGCCACGGCCUCUUCAGCCUGCCGGUGCCCUCGCUGCUCGGCUCGGUUGCCAGCCGCCUGUCUUCAGCCCCAUUGACGAUGGCUGGUUCGCUGGCCGGGAAUUUACAAGAACUCUCCGCCCGGUACCUGAGCUCCUCGGCCUUCGAGCCCUACUCCCGGACCAACAAUAAAGAAGGGGCCGAGAAAAAAGCGCUGGACUGAUUUUAAGUGUUUCCCUGUAUUUAUAUUUAUGGUAUCUAUUGUGGUGAUAUUUAUGGAUUCACGCGCGCUAGGCGCCCAGGGCUCCUGCGCUGGCCUCCGGCCUCCACCAGGCCUCUGACAGCUCUCUUUUCCCGCCAAGCUCUGCAUCUCACUUGGGCAAUCUUUUUCCCGCCCCCACCCCUUUCCUUCUGAAUCCUGGAGUGAUCCAAAGAAUUGAGGGAACUACCCGAAUUAGUCAACCUGAUGUCCCAACCAAUCCUCAUACCUGGAGGGAAAAGACUGGUUCCAAAUCCAGGGCACAGGACGCCUGCUCUAGAUGUGGCUGCUGCCGCUGCGGAUUAUUCCUACGAAUAUGUGAAAGAGGAAAGCUUUACGCAGACCCCAGGGCCUAAAAAAGCUUGCAGGUUUCUUUAGACCAAAAAGGAGGACAUUUCUUCCUCUUGCCAGAGAAACCAGGGCUUUUGGAGCUCCUGGGCCCCACUUUGUGAACCUCUCGGAAUUGUCGGUGCACACUUAGCUUCCUGGAGGACACUUUCUUUCGAGUUUUCUCCCUUGUAGGAAAACUCCGAUCACAGCCUCCCCUGACCCCAGGAAACAAUAAACCAAACAUCCUAGUAGGCAACGAUGGUAAUAAAUUUGAUCUAAUCAGCAAUAAAGAGUAAUAACUACUACAUCAAACCAGGUGACAUGGAACCGGUUUUUAAUAUUCGUCAUAAUGGAGUUUGGAAGUUGUAAGAGAAAUCAGAAUAGGAAAUGUGCCACAGGGUAAUGCAAAAUUGAAGUUCGGGAUGUUGAGACUUUAAGCAGGAAUUUAAAGGGGGGGAAGCAAAGGAGACGUCUCCAGUAAAGUCAGAAUCUUUUCUUCAAGGCUGCUUGGGGCAGUGUGGACAGCUUCCUGCUCCUUCCUGGUCCAGUGCGGCCGCAGGGGUCUGUGCGGACCUUAGCCCUUCACCCCGAUCUCCCGGACGCACGGCUCCGGGCAGAAUCGCUGGGUUUGGAAAUGCAUCUUAACACCCAUUGCCUUCUCUUCCACAUCCCCAGAUUAACACCAGCUUUCCACCACACAGGAAAUGCCUGGCGUUGGGAGCAGGUCUUUACUGAUGGGAGGUACGGACGCUGCGGGGUAGCCCUGGGGUCCCAGGGGUUUCCCGCGAAGCUGGCAGGAAAGGCUUUCGUUGUGGCCCCCAGCCCCAGGGUUUCAGCGGUCCCAAGUGCAAACCCUGACUGUCACACUGGCUCGGCUUCACCCCUACCCCACGCGACCACGACAGUUCCCACAGCCACGGCCACCCGCAUUUUAACCAAAACCACAGACCCAGACCGCGAAAUGCCGCAGUGUCUAGAAUGUAUUUAUCCAUCAAAACGAGCGCAAGUCAUUUUUAAAAAUAGUAACUUUAUUGUAAAUUAUUUACGCUGGAAGCUUUUUUUUUCUUUUUCCUUUCCUUUUCUUUCUUUUUUCUUUUUCUUUUUUUUUUUUUUUUAGGCAAAUAGUGAAAAAAUAUUGAAUGAUUCAAACGCGGGUAGGUGUCACUGAAAUCCUACUAACUUUGUUCUGAAUGUUUUGGCUACUUGGGUGUUUUGUAUUUAUGUGGUGAGAGUGAAAUAUAUAUAUCUAUGAUGAUAAA